GAGGCAGCCAGAGGGCAGCGGGCGCUGCGUCACCAUGCCCAGCAUCUUCGCUUACCAGAGCUCCGAGGUGGACUGGUGUGAGAGCAACUUCCAGCAUUCGGAGCUGGUGGCCGAGUUCUACAACACGUUCAGCAAUGUCACCUUCUUCAUCUUUGGGCCUCUCAUGAUGUUCCUGAUGCACCCUUAUGCCCAGAAACGCUCCCGCUACACUUAUGGCAUCUGUGUCCUCUUCAUGGUCAUAGGCCUGUUCUCCAUGUACUUCCACAUGACACUCAGCUUCCUGGGCCAACUGCUAGAUGAGAUCUCUAUUCUGUGGCUGCUGGCCAGUGGCUACAGUAUAUGGAUGCCCCGCUGCUACUUUCCCACCUUCCUAAGGGAAAACAGGUCCCAGUUUGUCUGCCUCGUCUUCAUCACCACCAUGGUCAGUACCUUCCUGUCCUUCCUGAGGCCUACAGUCAACGCGUAUGCCCUCAACAGCAUCGCCGUGCACGUCCUCUACAUCGUGUUCCAGGAGUAUAAGAAGACCAACAAUAAGGAGCUUCGACAUCUCAUUGAGAUCUCUGUGGUUUUGUGGGCUUUUGCAUUGACCAGCUGGAUCAGUGACCGCUUCCUUUGCAGUUUUUGGCAAAAGAUUAAUUUCUUCUACUUGCACAGCAUCUGGCAUGUGCUCAUCAGCAUCACCUUCCCUUACGGCAUGGUCACCAUGGCCUUGGUGGACGCCAGGUAUGAGAUGCCAGACCAAACCCUCAAAGUCCGCUACUGGCCUCGGGACACUUGGCCUGUGGGGUUGCCCUAUGUGGAAAUCAGUGGUGACCGAAAGAACUGCUGAAGUCUACCUGUUUCUUGACUCCACAACCACCUGCCAACUCGCCUGUGUCUCAAGGAGAGAGGCUCGGAUCAGGAGUCCGAGAGACACAGUUCUUUCCACCAGCUCCUCUUCCCCGUCCUCCUUGUCCUGCAUGGCUCCACCCCAAGGCAGGGGAUGGACUUCGUGACUUCUCUGUGCAGCAGUCUGAUGACCCUGCAGGGCUGCCGGGCACAGCUCCCCUCCAUGACCUGCUCCUGUUUUCCCUGUGUUCACUGCUUCCCUGUCGUCACACAGCCUGGUGGGCCGGAUCACCAGCUCCUGUGAUUAUGUGGCAUCAACUGGGAAUGACCUCAGGCUGGGGCUUGGUUCACAUGCACCUGACUGAUAGUGGUGGUCACUACCAGACUCUUUGGACCUGUCUUUGGCCAUGCAAUAUCCCUGGUACUUAGGGGCCAUCCCUGAGAAUGGACAUGUGUUCUCACAAUUCUACCCUCAUGCAUGCAUGCAGAGACCCUGCAGGCCAUGUGUGGACUUCUGUGGCCAUCUCACCAGCUGACAAUGGAGUGACACAGACACCUGGAUGGGCAAUGUGGACACUGUUGGGCAUGCGAGCAUCAGAACGGAGCUGGGGCGGCCAGU